CCGCUGCAUAACGUCCUGGAGGAGCCGGAGGAGGAAGAGUAAGCGUUCAGUCCAUGUCUCGCCCCGUCUGCCACCUUAACAAUCCAAUGUUAUUAUACAUCCUGCCCUUGUCCUUCGUCUUGGAUACGCGUCCCUGUCCGUCAUAUACGCCACUCUUUUAUCAUUAUGUUGACCGCCGUCCUCGCUUCAUAUGCUGGCUUUCUCUCUCGCGUAGGCUACUACUUACUAACCAUGUGCAUUCUGAUACCCUUCUUUUCUGCAUAUCAUUCGUACCCGUACCGAGUUCUUUCGUGCCGUGCUGCUCUGCUGCGCGGACGCUCGCCAGUAGACACCGUUCUUAUCCAGUGUUUCCGGGCCCGCUGCUUAUGUCGGGAUGUCGAUGCGUAGUUUUAUCUGUAGUUAAGGUCUGCUACUCUCGUCGUGUCAGUGGUAUACGACGAUGCUUUCCAUCAUAAUUCAUGGUUUGGCUUGCCGUGUGU